AGAAUGCCCUGGCACUUGGAUGCGGCGUGGGUGGGUGUUGUAGGUGUGGUCACCCUCAUCAGGUCCGAUGAUGGGUGUGAGUGAGCUCUUGGUUUGUGGUGCGGUGGGUGCACAGUUGGCGCGCGCACUGUACGGCUGCAGCUGGUGUCCCGCGAUUGGCUGGACAGUCGCUCUGGGGAGCGCUUGACGGGCGAUGGGCCGCCAGACCCGCCCAGUGCGUGGGAGUGGGACGCUGGGCCUCUCUCUCUUCCCUCGCUUUUUUUGCUUUUCCUUCUUGAAGCCCCAUGUCCCCGUGCUGCUGUUUUUUCCCCCAGUCUCUCUUUUUGUCAACCUCAAUCGUCCACAUCACCACGUCGCUCGCUCGGCAGCCCAUCCUUUCCUCCUUCCCUCCUUCCCCCCCCACUUCUUGCUUUGCUUCUCACCACAGUCACUCUCUUUAGAAUAAACUAAUUCAAUUGUAUUGCGACCCGUUCACUCCUUCCGGGUCCCAUUUUUGCCUACGCAGCCCCAACACCAUAGCCCUAGCCCUCGCCCUCGCCCUCGCCGACGACGAUCUCGAUCAUCGCCGCCGACUGACUAGUACUACUACUACCUACGACCUAACGCGAUCGCAUAUUAUUAUUACCACCUUCUCCUGCUCCAGCUUCUUGGUUCGGGACCGACGCUCCUUUGCAAACUGCUUUUUUCCCAUCAUAGUUUUCCAGCAUUUAUUUGUCGAGUCGCGACAACAAUCUACACUUACCUCCCUACCAGACAACCGAGCUACGAUUUGAAAAACAUCGCACCCAUCUCGACACAUCCGCCUAGGCGGAGUGAUAUCUGCGCAACAAUCUAGGUGGAAUUGAAUCUGGACGACAUCACCGCGACCGUUGCCUAAUCGCGACAUUUUAUUUACCCUUAUUAAUUGGUGAUACCCCUUGGACGAUAAAACAACACAAAAAGAAGAAUUCAGCAAGAUCACCGGGCCCGAAAUGGCUACCGACGUGGUCAAGCAAGAGGAGGGCCUGACCCUCCACACUCCUCAGCUCUCGACUUCGCCAUGCUCCACCAAAUCCUCAUUGCCAGCAUCUAAUGCCACCACUCCCACCAAGGACAUGAAGAUGGAGACGAAGCCCGGGCAAAGCGCUUCGCGGCGCCCGCCCCGCAAGAGCACUCUCACCCAGCAGCAGAAGAACCAAAAACGACAGCGUGCCACUCAAGAUCAAUUAACCACGCUCGAGAUUGAGUUCAACAAGAAUCCCACACCCACAGCUACCGUUCGUGAGAGGAUAGCGGAGGAAAUCAACAUGACCGAGAGGUCUGUUCAGAUCUGGUUCCAGAACCGACGUGCCAAAAUCAAGAUGCUCGCAAAGAAGAGCCUCGAAAGCGGCGAGGAGUUGGAUACCAUGAUUCCUGAAUCUAUGCGCCAAUAUCUUGCCAUGCAAGCCAUGGAAUCCGGAAAGAGCAUCCCUGGCUUCUUCGGUCGCCCGGGUCCGUUCCCCUAUGGACACCAGGGCAUGAUGGGCGCCGAGCAGGGUGGCCAGGGCAAAGUUUUGAUUCAUCAUCUCAACUGCCGCUCGCUCACCAUCGGAAGAUGGACCCGUGUUGGGCAGAAUGCGAUGGAUCUCAUCGUUUUCUACUCCCCUGACAAGUGCACCAUGACCUACUACAUCAACAACGAGCAGGCUGGCUACAAGAUCGAGUACCCAUUCUCCUACAUCAAGAACAUCUACCUCAACAACUCGGAUGAUCACCACGCUGGAAUCACGAUUGAGCUGCUCGAGGCUCCCUUCUUCUACAUGGAUUCGGCGACCACCUCGACCUUCAUCCAGGUGAAUGACUUCACUGAAGACCUGCAAGCUUCUCGCUGCAUGACCCACCACCUCGGUGGUAACCCCAAGGCUUUGAGCGGUCAAUUGGCCAAAUUGGUCAGCCUGGAGUCGUUCAUGCACCGUCAUACCGCGCCGCCUCCUCCUCCCCCGAUGUUUGACCAGCUCCACACGCUCUCCAUGUCUGCCCCCGUGUCACCCCAAGCCAGACCCUCUUCUCAGCCAAACUUUGCUCAGCCGCAUGUGGGCAUGUUCCAGGAAACCCAGUGGGGAAUUGCUGCUCAACAUCACACCAUGAUGAUGCGUGGGCCAGGCCACAAGAGACAGCGUAGUCGCAGUGUGCCAGGUCCCAUCGACUUCCAGACCAUGCAGCUUUUGCAAAACCCCCCGAGCUUCCACAUCACUCAGCCAGAGGGCCAGCCACACACGCAGAAUCCACACAUCUUCAGCCCAAUUCCCCAGCAGCCCAACAUGCUUGGUCCGAUCGGGCCAAAUCUGCGGAUCGACACCCGUGCUGGUUUCGGCAGUCUGGACAUGCGCCAGUAUCCUCUCUCCGCGACAACAGCCCCCUCGCCAUCAGAGUUCUCGAGCCCCAACUACUUUGCCUCGCAAGCUCCAGAGCCCAACGGUCUUCCUGCUGGCAGCUUCACGCCAUAUAGCGGUACUUUCUCGCCCAUGGUGAAUCCUGCCAGCCUGGGUGUUCCUCCGCCUUCCAUCUCGCCGCUCUCAUUCAACCAUCCCGACCCGGCCAUUGUCGGCGAAUCUCCUCCCAUGUCGAUGCCGCCAAUGUGCGAUGGUUCGGCCAUUUCCGAUGACGGCAGUAUGAAUGACAUGUACCCAGGCAACAAGCACACCAUGACGUUGCCGCUUCACCCACAUUCGCCCUUCAUGGAGCAGAGCCAGAGCGAGAUAGAGCUGAACCAGUACAUGGAUCUCAAACAUUACGACGUGGAUCCGGCUUCUCUGUCGCCAGAAAGCGUCCAGGCCCAAUAGGAAACGGUUUUCGGUUCGGCUUUUUCUGCGGCGUUUUGAGAGGAUUUUCGUUGUACAUACCAGGGAGCUUUCGUGGUUAUCUUACCUAGCUUCCAACACACCAAAAGUUCACGACAUAUUUCACUCAUCUCCGAUCUACACUGCCAAACUCGACCCCCCACCAUCGAAAUCUAUUUGAAUUUCAUUCUUGUCCCAUUUCAUCAUUUAGCCACGACUUUGCAUGACGAUACCCACUCUUCGUGCUCGUCUGGCACAGCGGUUCCGGACUUUUUCACAUUUCGUUUGGCAUCCCACUUCGUUGCGUUUUCGUCAUGUUGAUUUGCGGAUUAUUUUCUUCGUCCAUCAAAUUUCGAUACUCCGAGGACUUUUGCGUCUUGCGGCGGUCCUGGGAAAGGCUUUAAUAACUAUUCCCUUUUUCGUUAUUUAUUCCGAUAUUUUUCUUGUUUUCUUUGAGCUCGUGGUCUGCCAGGAAAACAACCUGGUGGGCUCCGAGAAAAGCGAUGAAUGGCGAGGCCCAGGAGGCUGAUUUAUCUGGUACCGAGGUUCUAAUACUGGGGCUUUUUCUUGCGCUGCGUAUAACUGGGAAGGCGGAUUCGGGAACAGGGAGUUGAUUUGGGAAGGCGCCGAUAGCAAAAUGGCGGGAUCAAGAGAGGAAAAGAGACAGAGCAGGACCAGAGGCCGGGCCGGGGACUGAAGGGGAGAGGAGAGAAGGGGUGAAAGAAGUCUCGAUGGAUGGAGUAAGAGAGAGAAUUUCCGGAGUGGUGUGCAUACAUAUAGGAAUGGACUCGCCACUUUGUUGCUAUUCAGCUGCUAUUUUGGUGCUGUGGGGUGUUAGGUUAUGACUUCAUGGCAGGAUCCUAAUUGAAAACACAAUACCACUG